CAGAUGCCUGAAUGUAACACAAACUACUAUCCAACAAGAAAAGUCAAAUGUGGGUUGUGCUACAAUAUGUGAAGCCAAGGACUGCAUAGCUGUAUUGAUAAUACAAAAUGACUACAAAAUAUGAACCCAUUGACUAAAUGGAGGUGGAGUCACUAACUACACAAUGACUAUAACUACGCAUCUUGUAAUAUCUAGUCAAGAAUAUUUUCAUGAUUUCUUUUAUAAUCAUGACUUACCAAAGUCAUAUUUGGUCAUCAUGACUCAGUGAUAAAUUAAUUCACAUUAGGGAUUACAUCUCAAUACAACAAAAUCACCAUGACAACAAGCCUUCUCCAGGGCAAGACAUUUUACUGUAGGGAGUGGGCAUUUAGCAAGCUACAGCAUUGCUUGGAGAGUAGGCCUACCUCCAAGACAUGUGGGGCCUUGAUAAUGGGUGGCCCUGGGUGUGGGAAAACUGCCCUAUGUUGCCAGACUGUCUGGCCCACAGUGUCAGUCGGGAAACAAAUCGCCUUGAGUGCAAGGAUUUUAGGGUAUCAUUUCUGCCAAGCGCACGAUAUUGAAACACUUUCGAUUACAAACUUUGUACACAGUAUAGUGGAUCAGCUGUGUACGUCAAGUAAACUGAAUGAAUAUGAAGACAUUUUGAAAGAAAGGGGUCUCCUUGAUGCAUUGGACCCCUUACAAUGUGAGAAAGAUCCCGAUACAGCAUUCAUACAGACAGUUCUUGAACCUUUAGAAGCAAUAGAACCACCUGAUCGCAAUCUCAUUAUUUUGGUCGAUUCUAUCGAUGAAUCUUAUUUACAAUCAAUCAGUGAGAGGACAACUGGUAGUCGCACAAUAGCAGAACUUUUAGCCAAUCACCAUCAUUUAUUCCCAAAAUGGCUUCUCUUAGUCUGUUCAGCGAGAAAAGGCAGUAAAGCGAUAACUCGGAUGUUCACUGGUUUCCGGAAAAUCAGUCUGGAUGAUUUACAUAAAACACAUGUCGUUAGAGACGUCCAGCAGUAUAUCUUAUGUCGACUUGACCGCGAGGAAAAAUUACGACAACAUUUGAGUCGUGACACGGCUGAGAUGCUAAACCAACUGCAUAUAAAAAGUAACGGUUGCUUUCUGUAUCUUGAAAAAGUCCUUGAUGGCGUAUCAGAUAAUUUUAUCAUGCUACGUGAAAUUAAGGAAAUACCGGGUACUCUGAAUGGAUUAUAUCUAUGGUUAUGUCAGCGAUUAUUCGUAAGAAAACAAUUUGCAAAAAUACAACCAAUUUUGAAUGUAAUUCUUGCAGCGAGGCGACCUCUCACUGAAAUGGAGCUAUACACAUGUUGCUGGACACGCAAUAUCAAACUUACAAUCGAGGAGUUUAGUAAACGGAUUGAUAUUCUCUCUAAGGUUCUAUUGGAAGGGCCCAAUAAGACAAAGAUCUUGUUUCAUCACAGUUUUGCUGAGUGGAUACUGGAUGUUAAGCACUGCACUCAGAAAUAUUUAUGCACAGCGAGUGAAGGUCAUUCUAUGCUGGCCAUGAGUUUUACGUUACAUGCGGAAAAUCUGGCUGCAGUUGAAGUGCAGGAUUUCGCCCUUCACCUUAGUAAAUCUACAGCUGUGAAUCAUUUAGAGGCUUUUCAGCUGGCACUUUGGUUGAUAGAGAGUGGGGCUAAUGUCCAUGAUAGUUUAAGUGUUGGGAUGCCUAAGGAGCAACAUGUCGUGAAGUUACUUCUGGAUGCCGGUGCUGCACUACCAGACCCUGAUGGGCCUAACAGUGUCCACUGCAGUCGGGAGGAUCUCUUGGCUGAGGUUGAGGAGAGCUGCAUGUUGCCUCCUGAGCCCCAACAGAUUGACUCUAAUGGCAUGACGGAUCUUGCUAAUGCCGCCCACAGUGGCAACCUCACUGUACUCCUGGAUCUACUGAACACAAAUGUUGACCUUGAGAGUCAAGAUAAGCAAGGUCAAACACCCAUAAAUCUAGCAGCACGUCAAGGUCAUAUCGAGAUCGUCGCUGCGUUAUUAAACGCUGGUGUUAAUGUGAAUCAUACGGACAAUGAUGGCUGGAGUCCUUUAAGAUCUGCGGCAUGGGGCGGUCACACUGAAGUCGUUUCAUUACUGCUUAGUGCAGGUGCUGAUGUGGAUCAUGCUGAUACGGAUCUGCGAACAGCAUUACGCGCAGCUGCAUGGGGCGGCCAUGAGGAUAUUGUAAUCAAAUUAUUAGAACAUGGUGCUAAUGUUAAUAAAACAGACAAUGAAGGACGUACAGCUUUGAUAGCUGGAGCAUAUAUGGGUCAUUGUGAAAUCGUUGAGCAUCUAUUGGAUAACUCUGCCAACAUUAACCACCAAGAUUGUGACGGCAGAACAGCACUUUCAGUCGCAGCAUUGUGCCUCCCUGCGUCAAAAGGUCACUCGUCUGUCAUCAGUCUGUUACUGGAUCGUGGUGCUGAUGUGAACCACCGUGACAACGAUGGUAUGACACCAUUGCUAGUUGCAGCCUAUGAAGGACAAUAUCAGGUAAGGAUUAAUUUAAAAAAAGAAGGUUUAAUAUUUAGAUAUUCAUUCCAGAAAUGUUACCUAAUUUUUAAUACUUUAACACAAGCUUUUAUUUGAUAUAUAACAUCCUCCAUGUCCUACAUAUGAACUGAUUCCCAUUAGUCAAGUUUGAAAGUUGACAUUGGAUUUGGGGUGAGUUAUGCACUUUUACAGGGAUGAGACUUCAUAUAGUCUCCAACUUUUUAUAGACAGUGUUCGGCGUUGACAGUCAGCAUUCAGCGAUUGGUGUCUGUAGCAAAUGGCAGGUGGUUACAUUUUGCAUGUUCAUGCCUUGUUUAUCACUGUCAUGAGAUUCAUGUUCAUAUUUGUUUCAUUUUUAUGUAAACAUUUGAAGUAAUAGCAAGCUUAAUUGAUAUACCAUGUUUCAAAAACUAAAUGUUUGACAUUUCUGGCUUAAUCAUGUGGUAAGCUCUCUGGCUAUAACUGCAUAAAAAACUUUGCUUUAUAGUGUAAUAAAAAUUUGGCAACGCUAAAGGAAUUUCUGAAACAUUUCCUGUCAUGUCCUAAAAUUAUUUUCAGAGAGAUGACUCAAUAUAAUUAUUGGAAUAUUAUCAACAUUUCAUGUUCCUGUAAUA